AUGGCUCUUCAAUCGCGACUUUUCCAGACCCUUAAGAUCGGCGAUGUGGAAGUGAAACAUCGGGUUGGGAUGGCACCACUCACGCGCCUCCGCGCGACCGAUGACCGAAUCCCGACGGCCUUGAUGAAGGAAUACUACGGCCAAAGGGCCGCUGUGCCCGGCACCUUGAUCAUCAGCGAGGGAACCUUCGUCUCAGAAGGCUGCGGUGGCUUCGCCAACGGCCCAGGUAUUUGGAGCGAAGCCCAAGUCGUCGCCUGGAAAGCCAUUACCGACGAAGUGCACCGCAAAGGAUGCUACAUAAUUUGUCAGCUGUUCGCCAUGGGCCGUGCUGCGAAUGCCGAAGUGGCGCGAAAGGAGGGUUUCGACGUCGUGGCACCUAGCGCGAUUCCGAUCGGAGAAGGCGCCGCGGUGCCCCGAGCCAUGACUAUCGACGAGGUCAAGCAGACGGUGCGCGACUUUGUCGAUGCAUCCAGGAACGCCAUCCGGGCGGGAUUUGACGGCGUCGAAAUCCACGCUGCCAACGGGUACCUGCUCGACCAGUUCCUUCAAGACGUCAGCAAUCAGCGCCACGACGAGUACGGCGGCAGCGUGGAGAACCGGUCGCGCCUGGUCGACGAGGUGAUCAAAUCUGUCGUCGCUGCCAUCGGUCCUACACGUGUCGGCCUACGUCUCAGCCCCUGGAGUACGUUCCAGGGCAUGAGAAUGAAGGAUCCGAUUCCGCAGUUCACGGAUGUGAUCCAAAAGGCCGCCCAGGCAGAUCUCGCCUAUCUUCAUCUCGUCGAGUCCCGCGUGGCCGGCGCCGGGGACUACGAUGGCCACGACCGACUGGAUUUUGCAUAUGAUCUCUGGAAGGGAGUUCUCCUCGUUGCGGGCGGCUAUACGCCACAGGAGGCACGGGAGCUCGUGGAUGAGAAGCAUCCGGACAGGGACAUCGUGGUCAUCUUUGGCCGGUAUUUUAUCUCGAAUCCCGAUCUCGUGUACAGGGUGAGGGAGGGUCUGGAGAUCAAUGCGUACAAUAGGGACACCUUCUAUGUCGCCCAGUCGGCCGUAGGGUAUCUGGAUUACCCAUUCAGCAAGCAGUAUCUAGCAAUCCGUCGGGAAAGAGAGGUCUGA